GAGAGCAUUUAUGUGACAACAGCGUCGAGUGGUGCGGAGAGUGCGGAGGAGUGAGAGAAAGUGUCUUGUUAUUAUUUGUCUUCUCUGUAUGUUUAAUUUUUUGGGACCGUCGGUACGUUUCCCUCGAUCCGUAGAGCAGUUGCACCUACGUUCGCGUACGGCUUUAAAGUGAUCAAACUAUGCGAUCUACUGAUGAUAUAGCAUUAUAAUAAUACCACUUGGAGUACAAUACGAUCAUGCCGGCAUCAACCGUGGACCCCGUGAAUGCGGCUCUCCGAACUGCACUUUCGAAGGGCUCCAACUCGUUAGAGAAUGGACUGGACAGCCAGUUGGCUGGCUCCUCAAAGAAGGCUCUCCUAUCUAAUAUAGAAUUUGAGCCGGCGGGAAGUUAUCAGAGUUCCGUCCUAGAUAUAUUGAAGUCUAAAUAUAUUGUAUUAAAGUCAGCAGAUUCCCAAUAUGGAAUUAAUAAGCCUGGCAAGGGACAAAAUUCUGUUGCAAACAAUAAUAUGGGCAGUGAUGAAACACUGCCUAUGGCUAAACAUGAAUUGUUCCCAUUGACUGCAGUCCAAUUGGGAUGGAGUAACACUGACUGGGCUGUGGGUGCAGGCAUGGUGAACAUGGGAAACACAUGCUAUUUAAAUUCUACCCUACAGGCUCUAUUUCAUGUGCCUUCAUUUGCUAAUUGGUUAGUCUCUGACAAACAACACAUGGCUGAAUGUGAGGAAUCUGGUGGCUUGUGUAUUGUGUGUGCAAUGAGGAAGACGCUCCAGGACUCGCAGCAACGCAAUAAUAAUUCUAUCCGUCCUUUUCUAAUUUUUAAUAAACUACGAGUAGUGUGCAGAAAUCUGAUACCUGGUAGACAGGAAGAUGCGCACGAGUUCAUGCGGUACCUAGUCGAGGCUAUGGAAAAGUCGUACUUGAAUCGUUUCAAGAAUCAUACGCAAUUCGAUUCUCGUAUUAAAGAAACGACGCCUCUUAAUCAAAUCCUGGGCGGCUAUUUGCGCUCGGCUGUUCGUUGUUUGGAUUGUGGUCAUGUGAGUACUACUUUCCAACAUUUUCAAGAUUUACUGUUAGAUAUUCGAAAAGCUCAAACGUUGGACGAUGCCCUUGAAGCUUAUUUUGCAAAAGAGCAAUUGGAUGAAGCUUCAUACCACUGUGAAGCUUGUAAAAAGAAGGUUCACGCGACGAAGCAGUUUUCUUUGGAGAGGGCACCAAUGGUGUUAUGCAUACAGUACAAACGAUUCUCGGUGACGAAUAACAAAAUUACGAAAUUUGUUCAGUUCAAGCAGAGACUCGAGUUGAGUAGGUAUGCGAGACAUCGACCAAAUGCACCUCUUGUAUAUAGACUUGUUUCAAUGGUUACCCAUAUGGGACCCACUGUAAACUGUGGUCACUAUACUGCGGUAGCACAAGUACCGUGCGGCAACUUUUAUCAAUUCGAUGACAGCAUGGUGAGACCAAUUUCCCAUCAGGCAGUAUUUUCUACAAAUGCGUAUAUAUUAAUGUACGAAUUGGAAAAGGCACCUAUGAAAACUGUAAACGGUACGACAAUAAAUAAAAUAAAUAAACCUGCGAACAAUGUGAGCAAAGGGCUCAGUUCGAAUCCAUGCAAGCCGCACGUGAACGGCCACGGUGAUAGUAAUAACAAAGUGUAUGGACCUGAGCUGCCUCCAGCCAAAAUGAUCAAGUUGGAGGAUCAAAACGGUACAGUGACAAGUUCAAGAGUGCUUUCAAAUGGUAAAAAAAAGAGUGAGAGUUCCUCGUCGUCCAGUGAAAGCGAGUCUGAUGCCGCGGAAGAAAAAAAGAGGAAGUCGCCACCUCUACAGCUGCAACGGCAAUCGGUAGCCCAAAAAUCAUCCCUCAAAAAAAACAAUACAAUAACAAAGAGUUCGUCUUCUAGCCAAUCGAAUGCGGUCGUUGUCACUUCGACGUCGUCCAGCAAUCAAACCAAUGCCCACCCCGCGAAGCUAGUGCCGUAUGAUUACGAGGACGACGAUGAAGAUGACGAAGAAACGAGCUCAGAUGAAGAGGAGGUGGUGGCGAAGAGUGGUGGCAGCAACGGAAAUAGUAAAAAUAAUAUCAAAAAAGUAUCUACCAAAGCUGCAACGAACGGUGAAUGGAAGGUUACCUCUUCCACGGAAGAGAACAGCCCAUCGAACUCGAGCACCAAACGAGAUGGUCAAAAGACGGCUACUGGUGGUAGUAGUAAUUCUACUACAGUAAAUGAAUUACUAAAGAUGUCGCAUGCUGGUUAUUCGCAGCCUGUGUCUACAUGGAACGGUACAAGAGCUAAAUUGGACAAAGAAAUUGCUAACGAGAGGCGAGAGGACCGCAAACGAGCAUUAGUAGAUGCCGAUAUGGACGUCGGACGUGUAAAACAUGUGAAGACAAACAACAAUAGUGCAUUCAAAUCCAAUCCAGGCUACAAUCCAGUACAAGAAUUUCACAAUGCGAAAAAUUGGGGCCAAAGUAGCUACAGGCAGUUUUACAAUCCAGGUGGAAGACACAGGAACCGCAGAAAUUUUCAUCAUAAAAACAAUUUCCACAACACCAAGAACUACAGAUUCAAAUAGUUAAAGGAAAUAUUGUGUAUUGUCAUUGGUACAUGAAGAUUGUUAAAUCAACAGAUAUUCACCCUCUCCUCUUUCCCAUCAACUCGAUUAAUUUCUCUUUGAAAUGUACAUAAUAUUUUAUUUCACCGUCAUAGAAAUAUACAGAGGGAAAAUGUUGAGAGAAUAUAACAGGAUUGAUUGUUUUCCAAAUUCGACAUACAACAUGUUCGCGUUUUUCUUUGUUUCAUUAAUGUUAAGUUAUUCUUCCUUUAUUUUGUCGUUUUUUUUUCCCAUAACAUUUAAUGAAAUGCAAGAACUUUCAUUAUAGUUUAAUUUGCAUUUACAAUUCAGAUACUGUAUAUAAGAUUUGUUGAAAAAAAAAUAUGAGCCAAUAUAAAAAUA